CCAAUGGUUGGGGUUGCUACGGGGCCCAGGUUCCCAGGGAACCGGGAAAGGGCAAAUGCAGGGGCGGGAGACACGCCCAGGGGGUUGACCUUUUUGGUCCGCGGGUGGCGUGCGGGCGCUAGAGCGCAAGCCGGGAGCAGCGGGGGUUUGACUCCCCCCCCCCCCUCCUCGCUGCUGCUGCAGCCGCCGCCAUCCUAGAAUGUGGGGAGGGUCAGGGAAGCCUGUGGACAGAAGGAGAUAAUUGAGCCCGUCCCGCUUCUUGUUGAGCACUUCUGUCACCUGCCUUAUCAGUGAAUUUUGUCAUCUUUGAAAUUGACGGGGAAUGGUGCCAGAACAGAGGGGAGGCGGCUGGAGUUUGCCUAUGCUUGCUGUGAGGCGGAGAUGUUGGGUUUGAGUGCUUUGCGUGGACGAAUAGUUUCUGGCGAGCUGCCCUUUUCCGACUGCAGGCCAUUCAGAAAGGCAAUACAGAAGUUGCAAGAAUUCAUGCUGAAAAUGCAAUCCGUCAGAAAAACCAGGCAAUCAAUUUCUUGAGAAUGAGUGCUAGGGUUGAUGCUGUGGCAGCCAGAGUUCAAACUGCAGUAACAAUGGGCAAGGUGACAAAAUCCAUGGCAGGUGUAGUUAAGUCUAUGGAUGCUACAUUGAGGAGUAUGAACCUUGAAAAGAUUUCUGCUUUAAUGGACAAAUUUGAACAUCAAUUUGAAACAUUGGAUGUUCAAACACAACAAAUGGAAGAUACAAUGAGUAGCACUACAACCCUAACAACACCACAGAACCAAGUGGAUAUGCUGCUUCAGGAAAUGGCAGAUGAAGCUGGGAUGAACUGUCACAGAGGCUUGCUCGUCUUCGUGAUCAAGUGUAACUUAAAUAACUGGUGCUUCUGUUUUCUCCACGUGUGUCUGAAACAGCCUCUGUGUUUGUAUAUAAAGUUGCACUCUAGUGAGAAAAACAUUAUACAUGCCAGAAUGUUUGAACAUUAUUUAUAUAUGAUGCUUUAUUUUGUCUUGUGUAGUUUGCAGUUCAUUAAGAAAUUCCAGGGAAUUUCCACAUUGGCAGAUUUUAUAAUUCGGAAUAUAAUGUGUAAAGGUGUAAGGGACAUAUUUUUGAAGAUGUCUUUGACAAAGCUAGCAUUAAUUUUCUUUAUAUUAUACGUCUUCCUCAAAUAGUAGAGAAAACAUCUAGCACCUACUAACUAAUUUUGUCAGAUUAAAGGCUUUGUUUUUAGGGAAUUUUCAGUCAUUGUGAUGAAAUGUUAUUUUGUAAAAAUAAAAAUAAGGAAAGCAUGUUUAUUUAAUAUGUUUACAUAGCCCCAAGUGUCACAAAAUAGGCUGUAUCAUUUUCUAUAGGACUUUUAAAAAUUAUUUUUAUUUUGUAUGUGAUUGUUUUGCCUGCAUGUAUAACUGUAAUACUUGUGUACCUGGUGCCCACAGAGGCCAGAAGAGGACAUUGAAUCCCCUGGAACUGGAGUUACAGACAGUUGUGAGCCAACAUGUGGAAGCUGGGAACUGAACCCAGCCCUUCCAGAAUAGCCAGUGCUCUUAACUCUUGGGCCAUAUACCCAGCCCAUUUUGUUUAGUUUUGUUGUAGGGUUGUUUUUAAAGUCAGCGUGGGAAUAUGUAAUGCAGAGUAGUCUCAGACUCAGUGAUCCUUCAGUCGUGGUCUCUUGGUGUAUGCUAUCACACCCAGCUCAUUUGCUAUGAUUCAUGGGUUUUUCACUAUGUGCAUUAGUUAUUUUUCUAUUGCUUUGAUAAAAUACCAUCCCCCAAAAAUGACUUACAGAAGCAAGGAGUUAUUUUACUUUAUGAUUCCAGAGGGAUGCAGGUUCAUCGUAGUGGGGAGGCAUGGCAGCAGGAACAGGACGCUGAGCUGUCACAUCUUCACUGGUAAAUAAAUACAAAGAAGAGCAAACAGAAUGGAAAUGGGACAGGGCUAUAAGCUCUCAAAACCUACCUCAGCGCCAUAUUUUGUUCAGCAAAUUCUCAAAUUAGCAUAACUUCCCCAAACCUCACCACUAACUGAGAAACAACUAUUCAGAUGCAUGGACCUGUGGACAAGAUUUCUCAUUCACACCACCACAAUCCUCUCCCUGGCUCCCAUAGGCCUGUGGCCAUAUCAUAAUGUUAAAUAUGUUUAUUUCAACUUUAAAGGUGACCAUAGUCUUUCUCAGUAUGAACACCAUUUCAAAUUUCAAAGUCCAACAUCUCUUGUGAGACUCAAGGCAAUCCCUUAACUGUAGCCACCUAUAAAUCUAAAAGCAAUUAGCAGACUUCUAACAUUCAGUGGCACAAAAUAAAGAUCAUUUUAAAGGGGAGGAAUGAGAGCAUAGUGAGGAAGUACUGGACUGCAGAAAGACUGAAACUUAGCAGGGCAAACAAGCAAAACCUGUAGCUCCAUGUCUGAUGUCUAGAGCUAUAGGAAGUUAAGGCUUACCAGGCUAAAAGGAGCCAACCUGGAGUCUGUCUGGUGCUGUCAGAGGUCCUGAUCAUGCCUGGCCAAUGAGGGGCGGCCCUACAUUGUCAAUGGAUCAUAAUGCCUGGGUGCUAGGAGGGUAUAUAAGGUUCUCCCCAUUGCUAAAUAAACAAGUCUGCUGUGUCCCUUUCACCAGACUCCUUGAGUCUGUGUUGUUGACAUUGAGCCGUCUCGCCCUCUCCCCUGAGGAAGACAUUAGGGCUCAGCUACAUGGGACUUUACUUUCAAAGACUCAGAUGGCUUAACCUCCGAGCUGUGCUGCGUACAACAACAGCGUGCUCUCUAGUUCCAAUUUCUGUAUUAGUUACUUUUCCCGUUCUGUGAUUAAGCACCAUGGCCAGCAGCAAUUUAUAGAGUUUAUUUUGGCUUACCAUUCCAGAGAGAUAAGAAAGAGUCCAUCAAGGCAGGAGGAGGCUUAGAAGCAAGAGCAGGAAGCUGAGAGAUCACAUCUUACAUGACAAACAUGAAGCACACCCAGCAAAAUGAAAGUGGGACUAGGCUAUACACUCCCAAUGCCUGUCCCUGGUGAUGUAAUUCCUCCAGCGAAGUUGUACAGUGACCUGUACCAUAACCUUUCCAAACAGCACCACCAACUGGUGAUCAUAGUUUCAAAUAAGGAGAAACACUGUUAAUGUUUACUUUGUUUUUGUCAGCUGUUAAGUUUAAAUUAUUACAGUUUUAUCCACCAGUAGUUUAAGUCAUCAUCCACCAAUGAUGACUAUUGGUUAAACUUUUUUUUUUGGUUUUUUUUUUUUUGGUUUUUUUUUUUUUUUUUUUUUUUUUUUUUUUUNUUUUUUUGAGACAAGGUUUUUCCAUAGCUUUUGGAGCCUGUUGUGGAACUAGCUCUUUAGACCAGGCUAGCCUAGAACUCACAGAGAUCCACCUGCCUCUGCCUCCCAAGUGCUACCACCACCUGGCUAUUCAUUCAAGUUUUAAGACCUUUUCAUUGACAAUUUGUUACAUUACUAGGAAAAUUCUGCAAAACGAAUCUGAAGAAAUGAAGGCACGUUCCUUUUUAAAUUUCCUGUUUGCAACAUAUUAUUGUUACAGUCCCCGAGAAGCUCUUUUUUUUUCUGGAAAUUCCUAGGUGAUUGGCUAUGCCAAGGUGAAGUUGAAUGUCUCCUUAGCCGCCAGCUAUCAGAAACUCAUGGAAGUAGACAGUGACCACGAACAUUGUACUUUUUAUGAGAAGUACUUGGCCACAGAUGUCGCUGCUGAUGCUCUGGGUGAAGAAGAAUGGAGAGGUUAUGUAGUCUGGAUCUGUGAUGAGAAGAACAAACAAGGUUUUCCAAUGAAGCAAGGCAUCUUGACCUUUGCCAGAGUGCACCUGCUGUUGAAUAAAGGUUAUUCUUGUUGUAGGGAGGACGAAUUAGAGAAAAAAAAGCACAAAUCUGUUCAGGGAUGCAUUAUAUGUUGUUGUGGGAUAUUUUGAUCACACUCUUUACACUCCUGGGACUGACAAUAACGUUUACCUUGAAUUGGAGGGCAGAUCUAGCUGCUAGUUGACCAAAUUAUCCAUAGAGAUUUUUGGAGGACAGAGGACAUAUGGAGAGACACAGGAAUUAGUAGGGAGAGGCUUAGAUUCAAAGAUCCUUUUGGAUUGAGGAAAGAGAGAGGGGAAGUCACUGGUCACUUCUCCAUCAAUUUUUGAUCAGUCAGACUUUUACUCCAAUAUCCGACUCCCAAGUUUUAUUGAUGAGAUAAUAAUGUAGAUAAACACUUCGUCUGGCACUCAUUCAAAUGAAAUUCUUUAACAUAUUUAAGAGUUCAUUUAUUUAUACCCAAUUAUUGCUAUGUUUUAUUUUAAAAAGAGGUUAGUUUACAUGGUAUUAAUGUCACAGUUUUCCAUGUGAUUAAUGAUUUGUUUCCCAGAGCCAUUCUUUUAAGGCAAUAACCUUUAACAACAGCAACAAAAUGAGUAGAAGUAGAUAUGAUAAGAUGUUUUGUUCAAUUCCGUCAUGCAAACAUCUUCCAUCCUAGUGGAAGUUGGAAAAAUAAGAUAGAAUUAAGGGCCACCAAAGGCAGGCUUAUACAUAGUACAGACUGAUAAACCAAGGCCCUUAGGAGAAUGCCUUUGAACACCUGCUGUACUACUUGUAAUAUCCUCAGGAAUAUUUAUAUUCUACCAAGCAGAAAUAAACACUUUAACACUUAUUUGCACUUUUUGAUGUUCCAGUAACAACUGUGGAAAAGUAACAAAAUUAUAUGUUAGCAAGUAUAGCACUACUCUGGGUUCAACAUAUGCCUUCUCUUAUUUACUGAAAGACCAAUCCAUGAAAAAAAGUUCUAGUAUAUCUUGAAAGUCAGUUAAAGAAUUGAGACCCUGUGUUCCAUCCCCAGCACUGCAAAAUGUUGUCUCCCUCAUAAAUCAUAAAGAUAUUCAAAAUGAUACCAUAGAGAUACUUUUUCUCUAAGGUCUCAACUGUUCAUACGUGCCUUAUCUUAUGCACAAGAGCGUAUGUAAGUGAAAAUUAUGUUUACUGGUUACCAGCUGAAGAACUUCUCUUUAUAAUUUUUGUUAGACUUUUUAACUUCUAUAGUGCUUGAUUAUAUGAUUGUGGCCAUAAUAUAUAUUUUCAUUUUGUUUGUAAUUGAUUUGUCCUUUCUUAGGUGAAUAAAACAUUUCUUUAAUAAGACAAUAAUAAUCCAACAAUAAAAACUGUAAUAUAUAUAUCACUACAGUAUUAUUAGUAUUUUAUAUCUUUAUUUGGAAGCUCAGAAACAGUGAUUAAAUUUUAUUACAAAUCAAAUAUAUAUAUCACAUUUUUAAAAAUAAUCUAUCACAUUACAUAAUGCAAACUAACUAUAUAAUAAUUUCUUAAAGUAAUAGCAGAAAACUUUUUCCAUAAAUGCUUAUUUAUAUCUGCACAUAUAUUUCAUAUUUUAGGAAUAUAUAAAAUAUACAAUAAUUAAGCUUCAUACUCAAUAUAUAAAAAAUGCCAGAAAAAUUCACUAUGUAAGAACAAUCAUCUAAAAUAAGCUAUGACAUAUGAAUUUCCUAAUAAAAGCAAGAACAGAAGUGAAUGGUGAAAUAUAUAUAUAAUUAAAAGCCAAUUCCUGUGGUGAUUGCAGAACUUUCAGAACAUAUCUUUUUCUUCAUAAAUUUAGUGUAUUUGAAUACAUACUAAAAUAUAUUGUAUUUUCUUAGGACCUUGUUUAAAGGAUCAAAAUAAAAACAUGUACAUAUGUUCACUUCAUUAUAUAGAUUUACAUAAAUAUAGUUACUACCAACCAUGCUUAAUAUUUUGGAUAUUUAGGGUACUUCUCACUCAUUUUUUUUGGCAAUUCUGAACUUUGUUCCGAUGUCAGUUUAUUUCAGUCAAAAUAAAUUCAGUGUUUGUAUUUCCUUUAUGCUUAAAAUGAAAAAAUAAAUAAAGACAAAGUUUGUAUUGGAACACAGUAGAUAACCUUAGAAGAGAUUCUGAUGGCCUAAAAUAUUUAUGAUAUAAAAAACUUGGUUUCCACUGGUGUGAAUUAAGUAGCUUCUUUUCUUUUAACUGGAAUAAAAGUUUUAGAUUUCUUACUACCACUUAACUUCACAGCUAACUGCUCAUUCUUUUAUGUUGCAACUAUGUCAGAUUUGCCUUUUAAAAGUAUUGAUAUUGGGGCUGGGGAGUGAAGAGCUCAUACUACUGUUACAAGUAUACUGUUACUGUUACAGUACCCCAAGUUACUGGGUUCUGUCCAAGCAGCUACAUCAGUAAGCUCACAGCCACCUGUAACUAGCUCUAGUGGCCUUUCUUGUUCCCCUGCACUCAUAUAUACAGAUGCAUUACAUACACAUACACAUUAUUUUAAAAUAAAACAUACCAGGCAUGGUGGCACAUAUCUUUAAUCCCUGCACUCAGGAGACCAGGCUGUGAGUUCCAGGCCUACCUGGUCAUCAUAGUGAACUCCAGGCCAGGCAGAGAUACAUUAUGAGGCCAUGUCUCAAAAAAUUAUUUGGAAAAUAUUGGUAAGGCAGGUAAGAUAGUUUAAUAGGUAUAGCCACUUGCUGCCAAGCCUGAUGCCAUAACUUCGGUUCCUGUGACCCACACCGUGGACGUAGAGAUGCAGCUCCUAACUGUCCUCUGACCUCCACACAUCCCAUUGCAUGCAUGCAUCCACUUAUGUACACACAAAUACACUUUUGAAAGGGAAAAAUACAUUGGUAAGCACUAAGGUUUUCUUUUAUUCAUUUUUAUUAAUGUAAUAAAAACACACCUCCUAGACCUUUUUUCCUAAACCAAUAACCUCAGAGACUCCAGUAUAAUUUUGCUUCUAAUUUGAUGACUUCAAAAAUGUAGAAGUAACAUAUCAGACUCACUUUCAUGAAAAGUAGAAUAGUAUUUUUUUUGCAUUUGCUUCCAGUUUUAGUUCCCUGCCAAUUUUAUUUUCUUCUGAUGUGUGUCAUAAGCAUUUGAUGAUUAUCAUUUGAUUGAACAUACAUACUCAAGUGUUCAGAACAUCCUGUUACCUUUUCACCCAUUGGCUAAAGAGGUUAAUGAUAGUUCUCAUUUGUUCAUUUGUCUUAAUGCUUAAAAGUCAUCAUCUUGCCUGUGAACCAUUUUAGGUAGCAUUAUGGACUAGGUUAUUUUACCUGGUUCGUUGAUUUCUCAGGAGUACCAUAUGGAGAAGAAGGAAUGGGAAAUGGAAAAGGUAACUGAGAAUGAGGGAGUUUGCUGUGGAGUUUAAUUCUCAGGAAGGAGCAUAUGAAUUAUUUGGAGAAAGCCAAAAAUAUGACAGACUAACAGAAGCAAUCUCAACAGCUUCCUGUGGAUUAAUGAGGCUAGUUGCUAAUAAUUUCAAGAUAAACUGAAAAACGGGCCCUUUUUAAAAUCCUAAUGGGACCUGGAGAGAUGGCUCAGCAGUAAAGAGCGCUGGCAGCUCUUUCAGAGAACGUGGGUUUGGUUUUCAGCACCCACAUAAACCUUCUGUAACUCCAGUCUCUUGAGUAGCCAAGCUGCUCUUAAUGUCUGUGGGCUUCUGCACGUGUGGUGCAUGAACAUGCUUGAACAUGUACGCUCAGAAUAAAUGUAAAUAAAUGUUUUUGAACUUAUAUUAACUCAUCCUAUUUUUUGCAUGACAAGGAUUUCUUUUGCUUAUUUGUUUCACCAUCCUAAUUAUUAUUCAGCUAUUCAAAACUCAGAUUUCUCUAACACUAUCUGAGAGUGUGCUUGCCAUGUGAUAUGACUGGUUUUUUUUAAGCUGAAGAAAAAGGUGGGGCAGGAUAUUAUUAUUCUUUUUCUAGAUGACAGGACCAAGUCCAACUCACCUGUGGGUUUUCACUAUGUCUGUUGCAGAGAAUAAUGACUCCCUUGCCCACAUGCCUCCUAGAAAUUUCCCAGUGUUACUUAGACUAUGUAGUAAACUAUAUAGUGCAUCUUAGUUAUUGUGAC